AUGAAUGAAUUAGAGCUCAGAUGUGUGAUCGGUAGCAAUGAACAGCUUAAUAUGAAAAAACAGCUUGAACAAAACACUGUUCCACAGAUGAAUAUGCUGACUGGUCUAAUCUCUUCUCUCUGCAGUAAACUGGGACAAACUGGCAUCAUUAAAGUGGAUGAGGGACAAAAAUCAUUAUCUCAAAUGGCACAACUUGAACAUCUUUAUCAAAUUGAACAGAAACGAAUUCAUCCGCAACACGAUGAGAAAGAUAGAAACAUGCACACAGUUUCACACUAUGCAUCAUCGAGUGAACCAUCUCCUUCAAAUGGAAGAACAUUUUUGACACAGGAUUUACCGGUCUGCCACGAUCCAGCUCCCAUGUUUCCACGAUUUAUAUUUUUAGCACCGCCAUUUAAUCUCGACAACAGAAAUUCGAGUGAAGCAGAUACAUCUAACACAAUACCAUGA